AUAUUUUGUUUUUCGUGUAUUUGUAUAUACGGUUCGAAAAUAGCGUUGGUAGUUACUUUUGUAUUUUUAAGAUAAACUUUAGUUUCGUAUUCAACGUUUUAAAGCGCACUUCGUAUGGAAAGAAAUAAAAUACAUGCACGGAUUAUUAACGGCCUUUAGUGGAAUUCUUAAAAAAAAACAUAUUUAGAGAAACCAUUAAACAAUAUUAAAAUGAAAAAAGAAAUAAACAAAAUUUAUUAGGAAUAAAAAUAUUAAAUAACACACAUACUUACAUAUGUAUAAUUAAAUAACAAUUAAAAUCAAUACGAUUUUAAUAUUGCGAAUGAGUGUUUUAAGAAUGUGGCAAAAAAUAUUUAAAUAAACAGUAAAACAAAAUAACAACAACACCAACAAAAUCGUAACAAAAAUUAAAAUAACUAGUUUGGCUGGAAAUCACUAUAUGAAAAAUCACAAACAAAUAAAAUAAAACAGUUUUACCAAACAAAAUCAAAAUUUUACGAUCAUUUAAAUGCAAGUAAAAAAAGAAAAAUACAAAUAUGAAUAGAGUUUAAGAAAAAAUAGAAAAAAGGAAUAGAAAAGAUUCAAAAAGUGCAAAAUUAACAUACAAAUGACGUAAGAUUCUUUGCAUUAAGGAAAAUUUGCAAAUUUAAACACGAAAAUCUCAAAAGAAGUGUCGUCUGUUUCUAGUACGAGUUUAUUGCUUACAACUCACAUACACACACUUUCUCGCUUGUUCGCUUACACGUUUAGUUAGUCGCGCAAAUACGUUAAACUUGAAAUAUAUAAUGACGUUGGUGUUAUUAAACUGUUAGCCUUAGUUUUGACAAUGAAAGGAUUCAAUUGGUUUGGAGCUUCACUACUCCUACUGAUCGUACUCACGCACAAUUUCAGUUCCCUUCAAGCAGAACGUAUACGCAAUGGCCGCAACAGCAACAAUCACAACAACGGAGCCAAUACAGAGGAUAGAGGGCAACGUAAACGUAAUAACAACAACCAAAAAACACAAUCAACCCAUCGCCAACGUACCUCCUCGUCACAACAUUUACUCUCCUCAUUAGCCGUCCAACCCAAUACCCACCAUCACAUAGAGGAUCAACACACAGAAUUUGUUAAGGGCAAAAUUUGUAUUGGUACUAAAUCUCGUCUAUCAGUGCCCUCAAAUCGAGAACAUCAUUAUCGAAACUUACGUGAUCGCUACAAUAAUUGCACUUAUGUCGAUGGAAAUUUGGAGUUGACGUGGUUACAAGAUCCCAAUUCGGAUUUGAGUUUUCUGGAGAAUAUUCGAGAAGUUACCGGCUAUAUAUUGAUCAGUCAUGUUGACAUACGUAAAGUCGUAUUCCCAAGACUUCAAAUUAUUCGCGGUCGUACAUUGUUUAAUCUGAAUGUUCAAGACGAACAAUUUGCAUUUUUUGUUACAUAUUCGAAAAUGUUUUCUUUGGAAAUGCCUGCUUUACGAGAUAUCCUACAGGGUUCAGUGGGGUUUUUCAAUAAUUUUAAUUUGUGUCAUAUAAAGAGUAUUGACUGGAAUGAAAUAAUGUCUGGACCCACCGACAAAUAUCACUACAACUACAUCUACAACUUCACUCUACCGGAGAGGGAGUGUCCCAAGUGUCAUGAGUCUUGUGAGAAGGGCUGUUGGGGAGAAGGUCCCAAUAACUGCCAAAAGUUUAGCAAAAUCAAUUGUUCACCACAAUGUGCUCAAGAUAGAUGUUUCGGUCCUCGUCCUAGGGAAUGCUGUCAUCUUUUUUGUGCUGGUGGAUGCACAGGACCUACGCAGAAGGAUUGUAUAGCAUGUAAGAAUUUCUAUGACGAUGGUGUAUGCAAGGAGGAAUGUCCACCAAUGCAGAAAUAUAAUCCAACGAAUUAUUUGUGGGAGUCCAAUCCGGAGGGUAAAUAUGCCUAUGGUGCCACUUGUGUCAAAGAAUGUCCCGAGCACUUGUUGAAAGAUAGUGGAGCCUGUGUUAGAAGUUGUCCUGCCUUCAAGAUGGCCAAAGACGGUGAAUGUAUACCAUGUAAUGGCCCUUGUCCCAAGUCAUGUCCUGGCCUUGCAAUCUUGCAUGCUGGUAAUAUAGAGUCUUAUAGAGGCUGUACUGUCAUCGAAGGUUCUUUACGGAUUUUGGAUCAGACUUUCUCUGGAUUCCAAGAUAUAUAUAAAAAUUAUUCUCUCGGACCUCGGUAUAGUUCAAUGCAUCCGGAUGCCUUGGAAGUAUUCUCAACUGUUAAAGAAAUUACUGGUUAUUUGGAUAUCGAAGGAGCCCAUCCAGAUUUUAAAAAUCUCUCCUACUUCCGUAAUUUAGAGGUAAUACACGGUCGUCAAUUGAUGGAGAGUUACUUCGCAUCCUUAUCCAUUGUUAAAACAUCAUUGCAAAGUUUGGAAUUGAAAUCGUUAAAACGAAUUAAUGCUGGUUCCGUGGUAAUUCAACACAACGACAAAAUAUGUUAUGUAAAUGAAAUCAAUUGGACAAAACUGCAGAAAUCGGGUGAACAUGGUUUUGUGGUGGAAAGAAAUCGUAAUAAGGAGGAUUGCAAAAAAGAAGGCUUGGUGUGUUCGAAUCAAUGUGACCAAUCAGGUUGUUGGGGUUCUGGCAACGAUCAGUGUUUGGAAUGUAAAAACUUUGAGUACAACGGCACUUGUAUUGCGGAUUGUCGUAAUAUCACCAAUGCUUAUCAAUUUAAUGCAAAAACGUGCAAACAGUGUCAUCCGGAAUGUCGGACCUGUUCUGGUCCAGAUGCUGAACAUUGUGAUGAAUGUGUUCAUGUAAGAGAUGAAAACCGCUGCGUUACCGUUUGUCCGGAAAACAAAUUUUCUGAUUACGGUACAUGUCGCAGUUGUCACCCAACUUGUGAAGGUUGUACUGGACCUCUUGACACCAUUGGUCCUGGUGGUUGUAAGACUUGCCCCCUGGCGAUAAUCAGUUCAGACGGAAAUAUUGAAAGAUGUCUACAGAAAAACGAUAAAUGCCCAGAUGGUUAUUACUGGGAGUACGUGAAUCCAAGAGAGCAAGGUCAACUCAAACCAUUAGCUGGAAAAGCCAUCUGUCGUAAGUGCCACCCACGUUGUGAGCUGUGUAGUGGUUAUGGUUUCCAUGAACAGGUUUGUCAAAAAUGUGCCGGCUAUAAAAGGGGAGAACAGUGCGAAGAUGAAUGUCCAUCAGAUCAUUAUGCGGACGAGGCGAAUCGUGAGUGUUUCAUGUGCAAUCAAGAGUGCAAAGGAUGCACUGGUCCUGGAUCAGAUGAUUGUUUGGCGUGUCGUAGUUUCAAACUUUUUGGUGAAGGAGAUCCUUAUGACAAUGCAACUAUAUUUAAUUGCACUUCAAAGUGUCCACCGGAGUAUUCACACGUAAUUUAUCAAGCUCCACAUUUGGGAACAUAUUGUUCAUCAGUUCCUCUGAAGGGCUCCAAGCUGGUGGCAGCCGUUGAUAACUACAUAUUUCUGAUUAUAGCAUUGGUUACUUUAGUAUUGGUCUUGGGCAUAUUAAGUGUAGUCACCUACGUUUGUCGUCAAAAAGCCAAGGCCAAAAAGGAAGCUGUUAAAAUGACCAUGGUUUUAUCAGGUUGUGAGGAUUCUGAACCAUUAAGACCUUCCAAUAUAGGUGCUAAUUUGUCUAAAUUACGCAUCGUAAAAGAGGCCGAACUACGUAAAGGUGGGGUUUUGGGUAUGGGAGCAUUUGGUCGCGUCUACAAAGGUGUCUGGGUUCCAGAAGGAGAGAAUGUUAAAAUUCCUGUAGCCAUCAAAGAGCUUUUGAAAUCAACAGGGGCAGAAUCAAGUGAAGAAUUUCUGCGAGAAGCAUAUAUUAUGGCUUCAGUGGAACAUCCAAAUUUAUUAAAACUAUUGGCUGUAUGCAUGACUUCACAAAUGAUGUUAAUAACGCAACUGAUGCCUUUAGGUUGCCUCUUGGAUUAUGUUCGCAACAAUAGAGAUAAGAUUGGUUCAAAGGCUCUGCUUAACUGGUCGACCCAAAUUGCCAAAGGUAUGUCAUAUUUGGAAGAAAAGCGUUUAGUUCAUCGCGAUUUAGCAGCAAGAAAUGUACUAGUCCAAACUCCUUCAUGUGUGAAAAUUACCGAUUUCGGUUUGGCAAAACUCUUAAACAAUGACUCAAAUGAGUAUAAGGCAGCUGGUGGCAAAAUGCCAAUAAAGUGGCUGGCAUUGGAAUGCAUACGUCAUCGUGUUUUCACAAGUAAAUCGGAUGUAUGGGCAUUUGGUGUGACCAUAUGGGAAUUGCUUACAUUUGGUCAAAGACCUCAUGAGAAUAUACCAGCCAAAGACAUACCCGAUCUUAUUGAAGUUGGCUUGAAAUUAGAACAGCCAGAAAUAUGUUCCUUAGACAUUUAUUGUACUCUAUUAUCUUGUUGGCAUUUAGACGCUGAAAUGAGACCUUCGUUUAAGCAGUUGGUUAAUGUAUUUGCCGAAUUUGCUCGUGAUCCCGGUCGCUAUUUGGCCAUUCCCGGAGACAAGUUUACUAGACUACCUUCCUACACCAGCCAAGAUGAGAAGGAUUUGAUUCGUAAGUUAGCGCCCACGUUUGAUGGACCAGAGCCAAUAAAUGAGGCCGAUGAUUAUUUGCAACCUAAAUCAGCACCCGGUCCCCACAAUCACGAUGGCUCAGAAGAUAUUCCCAAACUAAAUCGGUACUGCAAGGAUCCAAUGAAUAAGAAUUCUUCCAACGAAAGUGAUGAAACCGAUUCGAAUGCCCGAGAAGUCGGAAUAGGCGACUUGCGUUUAGAUCUUCCAGUCGACGAAGACGACUAUCUUAUGCCCACCUGCCAAUUGCCCUCACAAAGCCAACUUAAUAAUAAUAACAACAAUAUAACAACGAGCAAUGCCAUGUCUUCAGCGCCGGGAGGUUAUAUGGAUCUAAUUGGUGUACCAGUCAGUGUCGAUAAUCCCGAGUAUUUGCUCAACCCAACUGCCAACCAAAAUCCCCAAGAGGCUCCCAUACCAACACAAACACUCGGAAUACCCGUAAUGGUAUCGAGGCCACCCAACGGAGUAACCACAAUGCUUGAUAUGCCUGUAACACCUUCAGAACCCACUAGCUCUGAUCAUGAGUACUACAACGACACGCAACGAGAAUUGCAACCUCUGCACCGAAAUGAAACAAGGGUAUGAUAUUGAAUCUGGGCUUUGAUAACACCACCACUGCCCUCGAAUCCUAAAUAUAGUAGAACAUUUAACCAAUUCUUGCCCGACAACGGUUAAAAAGAAAACGUGCCUUUUAAUAUCUUAAAUCUAUGUGUAUGUAUAUACAUAUCCUACAGUAAUUGUAAAUAGAACAAAUUUUUAGAUAUAAAACUAAAUAACCCAACAAACAAUUUGAAACUAAACAAUUGUUUGUGUCCCGCCUGAUGAAAUAAGAACUGAUCGGAAAUUCAUUUCGAUACCGAGAAAAACAACAAAAAUUAAACGCCUUAAAAGUGCCUGCAUAUAAAUGUAAAUUAGUAUAUUAAGUAUUGUAUUUAUUAAAUUAUAUAUAUUUAGUUUUAUUUAUCGCAUAUAAAAUUAUUUUUCUUACUAUUAAAUAAGUACUUAUUGUUAUUGCAAUGAAACAAACAAAUCAAAAGCGAAAUUUGUAAAUAAUAAUUACGGAAUAUUUGGACGUAUUUAGUGUAUUUCCGCUAAUAGUGUUCCACAUAUUAACAAAACUUCAAAAUUUACAUAAAACAAAAGAAUGGUAGAAUGUGGAUAUCUUUUACGAUGUAUAGUUAUAAAAACGACAAACUAAACGAUAAUUAAAAAAGUAAACUGAUUACAUUAUUUACUAAUACAUUAGACACUCUCUUAUAACAAGUUAACAAUAAACUGUCAAUGAUCAAAAUGUAAAUUAAAACAAAAAUAGUUUAUACAUAUGUAUGUAUGCAUGUAUGUAUGCAUUUACAUAAAUGUACAUAUGUAUGUAUGUAUUUUUUAUAAAAUAUUUAGAUGAUUAGGAAUAUUAAUAUUUAAUACAUUUACUAUCGAACUGUGAUAAUCUGUAGAAAUAAGACGUCUCAUUUAAUUUUAUUUUCAUACAAAUGAAAUCGAUUGCAAAACAAACUAAACCUAAUAAUAAAUAAGAAAAUUUAGUUAUUCAUUUAAAAACUUAGUUAUAAUUUAUUUAAGAUAUUAUUUUUACAAUCCUACACACAUACAACAAAUAAAUUAUUAGCGUGAGUGCCAUUUCUUGUAAUGAAUGAUUUAAAUAUUUCCUUGAAAAUUGUCAGUCAAUAAUGCUAGAUAAUUUUGGCACCAACAUUAUUUAACUAUUGUAAUGAUCAAUAUCUAUAUUAACCUUUUUUCGAUCGACAUUUCUUAUAAUAAAUAUUAAUAAUUAUUAUAUGCGAAAUUUUUUUCCAAAAAAAAAAUGCAAUAGUUUAGACAAAUUUUGUACAUACUUAUACUAACACUAAAUAUGUAUUCAUAAAUGUUAUAAUAAAAUAGUGUAGUGUUUUCACAAUGUCGAGUAUAUUGAGUUGCAUUUUUAAACAUUUUGUUGUUUAUUAAAUCAAAUUAAUUUAAUCGAGUAUUGUGAAUAAUUUUAUUAUUCCUUAUGAUUUUGAUCAAGCAAAUAUCAUUGAUGUAGUAUGUACAAUGUACAUUAUGUAAUUACCUAAUGUUGUAUACACAAUGAAAGUAAAUUAUUUGUAAUUAUGAAUAAACGAAUGUAUGUAUGUAUGUCUCUACGAAUGUUGUACAUAUUUAGAUUGUCCAUAAAACUAUUAUUUUAAUCAUUUUAAAUAUUAUUGGGAAAAUAAAAAAUUAAAUGUUUUAAGUAUCAUUUAAACGAGAUAUGUAUGUAUAUUAAUUUUACAAAAACAAUAUUUACAU